CUAUUUUAUCCAGUUUAUUCACUUUAGCUUUUAGUAGCUGAAGGGAUAAGCAAUGGGUAGUUUAAUGGCGAGCUUCGCCGCCGGAUUCUCCUCCGCCACCACAUGUUCCAUGCAAUUCCCGAUGCCUCGCCGUUCUAUACGAUGCCCCAUUUUCAUUCAACCUCCGCCGCGCUUCAGGCCACCUCCAAAAUUCGUGUGCAUGGCGGAGCCUUAUCUAAUCACCAAAUUGGAGUCGGCUGAGAAAACUUGGAAAGAAUUAUCGGUUAAACUGGCUGAUCCAGAUGUAGUCUCAAAUCCAAGCGAAUAUCAAAAGUUGGCACAGUCGAUGGCGGAGCUUGAUGAGGUAGUGUUGACAUAUAGGAGAUUCAAAGAUUGUGAGAAGCAAUUAGAAGAAACAAAAGCUUUGGAAAAAGAGGUGGGUAACGAUGAAGACAUGGCUGAGAUGAUAGCUUCUGAAGUUGAAACCUUAACCAGUCAAAUUAAAGAGCUGGAAGAGAGACUCAAGGUCUUGCUAAUUCCAACUGAUCCUCUCAAUGAAAGAAAUAUAAUGCUAGAAGUUAGAGCUGGUACUGGUGGGGAUGAGGCUGGACUCUGGGCUGGUGAUCUUGUACGCAUGUAUCAGAAAUACAGUGAACGCAAUUCAUGGAAGUACACCAUUGUUUCAAGCUCUGAGACUGAAAAUGGAGGAUAUAAGACAUGUGUAAUGGAGAUAAAAGGCAACAGUGUGUAUAGCAAAUUAAAAUAUGAGUCCGGUGUUCAUCGGGUUCAACGUGUUCCCCAAACAGAAGCCCAAGGCCGUGUCCACACAUCAACCGCAACUGUGGCUAUCAUGCCAGAGGCUGAUGAAGUUGACGUGGAAAUUGACCCAAAAGAUAUUGAGCUUACAACAGCGCGUUCUGGGGGUGCUGGAGGGCAAAAUGUCAACAAGGUGGAGACGGCUGUUGAUCUUUUCCACAAACCAACAGGAAUAAGAAUAUUUUGCACAGAAGAAAGAACUCAGCUUCGAAACAAGAAUCGUGCUCUCCAGCUGUUGCGAGCAAAGCUGUAUGAGAUCAAAGUGAGAGAGCAGCAAGAGUUGCUAAGAAAUCAGCGAAAGAUGCAGGUGGGUACUGGUGCUCGUUCAGAGAAGAUUCGGACAUACAACUUCAAGGAUAACAGGGUUACUGAUCACAGAUUAAAAAUGAAUUUUGAGCUCACAUCAUUUCUUGAUGGAGACAUGGAAAUGGCUGUUCAGUCAUGUGCGGCUAUGGAACAGAAGGAAUUACUCGAGGAGCUUGCCGAGUCUGUAGGUGCAAUGGCUAGAUGAUUUCCACACUACAUUUGCUUUUGGCUUAAUCUUCAUGCCCCAGUGCACAUACUGACUGAAAUGUCUCCUUGGUUGGUCCUCAUACCAGCAUGGUCAUUUUUAGGUGGUGUAUAUUUUCUGUGCAAGAAAAAAUAUACGCGUUAUUGUACAAGUAGAAUAUGUUCACAAUUAUAAUUUAAAGAGUUUUGUGCUUAAAAGUCAAUUUGGAAAAAA